AUGCUGGGAGGAAGUGUGCACUCUUCCGCCCGGGUUUCGCUUUCUUGGCCUCGCUACAACUACACAACAACUAUACACAACUACCAUACACAACUAUACAAUAUGAAGCUGCAGAACACUCUAGUUUCUGCCGUAAUCGCUGCUUCGGUUGCCGAAGCGCUGGUCAUCCCAGCGCUGGACCAAGGUCGCGGUAGAGGUCAUGCCCUCGACCAUGGCCCCAACAACAACAACAAUGUGCCUGCAUUCAUGAUGCGCGCUGCCGCAGCCCCGGCCUCCGCCAUGGAGAUGGUCAAGGACGUUACAGACCAGAUCCUCGCCUACUACCAGCACGCUUCGCCGGCCUCUCGUGGCCUGGAGCUCGCAGCCCUGCACGACAACGGCGUCGGCACGGCCGACCAUGACAGGUACAUCAUCGUCUUCAAGAAGGGCGUCUUCAAGGAGCAGGUCGACCAGCACUUGAAGAUGAUGAGCGCCCUCUUCCGCAGGCUCAGCGAGGAGCAGCGUCCAGCCGCAGCUCCUGGCGCAUCCGCCCUCAGAGACGGCUUCGACAGGGUCAUGGACACCUUCGAGGUCGCAGGAGCUUUCAGCGGCUACAUCGCAACCGUCGCGAGCCCAAAGAUCGUCGACUUCAUUAGGUUGAACCCGCUCGUCGACUACGUCGAAAAGGACUCCGUCGUCCACUCCCUGGACGAAACCCAGAACAACGCCCCUUGGGGCUUGGCAAGAAUCUCCCACAGAGAGGGCUUGAACUUGGGCAACUUCAACAAGUACCUCUACGCCAGCAAUUCCGCUGGCAAAGGCGUCACCGCCUACGUCGUCGACACCGGUAUCAGUGUCAGCCAUCUGGAAUUCGGCGAGAGAGCCAAGUGGGGGAAGACGAUCCCAAUCAACGACUACGACAUCGACGGCAACGGGCACGGUACCCACUGUGCAGGCACCAUCGGUUCGGAGCACUACGGUGUCGCAAAGGGCGCAAACUUGGUCGCAGUCAAAGUGCUGAGAUCCGACGGUUCCGGAACCAUGUCAGACGUCUUGAAAGGUGUCGAGUGGGUCGCUUUGGAACACACAAAACAUCUGGAAGAGUCUAGAAAGGACAAGAACAGCAACUAUAAGGGUGCCACCGCUAACAUGUCCCUAGGGGGGGGUAAGUCGCCAGCUUUGGAUCAAGCCGUCAACGCAGCCGUAAAGGCAGGUGUCCAUUUCGCUGUCGCUGCAGGUAAUGAAAACCAAGAUGCAUGCAACAGUUCUCCAGCUGCUGCAGAAAAUGCUAUCACCGUAGGUGCCUCCACAUUGAGUGAUGACAGAGCAUACUUCUCCAACUACGGUAAAUGUGUCGACAUCUUCGCCCCAGGUUUGAACAUCUUAUCCACUUACAUCGGCACUAACGACGCCACUGCCACUCUGUCCGGUACUUCGAUGGCUUCUCCGCACGUAGCAGGUCUACUAACUUACUUAUUGUCGUUGCAACCAGAUAAAGGAAGUGAAUUCUACGUUCCUAACAGCGAGUUGACUCCGCUACAAAUGAAGAAGAAAAUCAUCGACUACGCAACAAAGAACGCCUUGGCUGACUUGCCUGCUGACACCCCAAAUAAACUGAUCUACAACGGUGGUUUCAACUCCACCGAUUUCUGGGCCAGCGCCGCAGCUCCACAAAGCCACAAAGUAAAGACAAAUCGCUACAGUCUAGGCAGUUUCUUAGACUCGAUUCAAGAUUCAAACAACCACUGGUUCAACUUCGACAAUAUGAACAUCUUUUAA